CAUAAUUUCCGGAGAUAAAGCGCGCGCAGCCUAGCGCUGUCAUAUCAGAACCGGGGUUCAGACCAGGAGGAAAGUGAGGAAAGUACAGAUAUGGCAGGGGUUUCGCCGAUGUCUCGUCUUUUUCAGCGCAGACAAGUAUGGAACAUUUUGAAGUUAAUUAACAAACAGAGCAGUUUUGCAGCUGUUCGUGUGUCGACGCCAAAAGCGUGUGCUACAUUACACGGAAAAUGUUCGAAAGUCCAAGGCCAAGUCCAGAAAGACUUCCGUCGCCAUGACAGUAAUUGCGUGAAGAGGACUGACGUGAACUUCGACGACAUCAUAUCACUCCUGGGAUCUGGAAGUUUACAGCUGAUUGAUGUGCGGGAACCCAGUGAGCUGGUUCAGCAGGGCGAGUUUCCCACAGCUCUCAAUAUACCACUGGGACAAGUGGGAUCGGCCCUCAACAUGGCUCCACACACCUUCAAGGCUUUGUACGGCUGUGACAAGCCGGAAUUUGAUGAUGACAACAUUGUAUUUGCCUGUUUUGCUGGUAUACGAAGUGUCGAAGCCAUGACUAUGGCUCAUGAGAUUGGUUAUUCAAAAGCUAGACAAUAUGCAGGAGGAUUUAAAGAAUGGAUGGAAAAGACAGCUGAAGGCGAGAUUUGAUUUAACUUCAAGAUGAUAGUGGAACAAAGUCUGGUUAGGUAUUUGAAUAUACAGUGAAACUGUUUAUCUGAAAGCUUGAAUAGCAAAAAAUAAUAAGAUGGAUCAGUGAAACAGGUUAUGGGAAGUUCAGAAAUCCUCAUUAUGAACACCAAAUAAGAACUUGAAGAUUACGAAGCUUCUCUUUAUAUUCAAACUCAUGUACUUGUGUAGAAACCUUGAUAAAAUAUUUGACAGAAUCUACAUAAAUAGAUCUACUCAGACUUCGUUUUAAAUGAUAAAUUAUCUAGCAAACAUUGGAUGAUGGUCUCUAGAUAACUGGGAAGAGUUCUACAUUAUAAAAGAUCCUUUCUGUUGUAAUAAACACUUUUCUAUCCUAAUAACAUGCACAAUAUAUACACAAUACAUACAACAAUUGUCUUAAUAUUCAUUGUUUUUUGUGUGGAAAAAGUGUGAGCCAAGAAAAUUGUCAAUUUUUCAAUUAUGUUUUCUUCUGUAAAGGCAUGGAGAUAGAAACACUAGCUUUAAAAUGUAGACAAUUGAUUAUAAACUUUAAAUGAUAUAUGGCCAAGUCACAUAUUUACUUAUGAUUCAAUAGUAUGCAAUAUAUAUCAUGUACAAUAUUUCCUUUAUAGUUGCAAUUCAGCAGUUUUUGCUCUGUAUUUAAAGCCAUUUUAUUGAAUGCAUACUGUCUGAACAGUAAAAUUCUGAUUUUAAAUGCAUUAUUUUAUAACAACGGGAAAACAAUCUCCAAUAUCUGCAAUACACAGUGUAUUAACAUUUCACAAUUUAAAAAAUCAUUGAAAAAUAACAAGGAUAUAUAUGAAUAUUUCAUGUUCUUUUCCUUUCUUUUCGUAAAGAACAUGUAAAUCUGUGAGGAUUUAUUCUCUCAGUUGAUACAGGAUUUAUUCUCUCAGUUGAUACAGGAUUUUCGAGUUCUGUCGGAGAAGUCGGUAACUGUUCAGCGUGAAUUGCAUUGUUUGUUGAUGUUAUAGGCUAUAGAAGAGUUAUUUCCCUUUAACUGUAAUGUGUAAUGCCUGUGAUACAGGGCCUAUUCCAGGUAUAUAUUUGAUGAUGUGUGAGUGAUCAUGUCCGAAAUGAUUUUCCACAUAUAUUUUGUGGGACACAGGAAAACAAAUAUUUUGAAUGGUGGGAGCAUAAAAGAUUGCCUCUCCGCUACCACAUGUUAAUUUCUGGAAUGGCCCUAACACCAAAAAUGUAGAUGUAUGACAUAAUUUUAGUUACUCAUUGUUCGUCAGUGUUCAAAAAGCAGAUAGAUUAUAUAUAAUUAGAUAUUAAAUAAGUAUGGUAAUUAAUUUAAUGAAAAUUCAACCUUAUGCUAACAUAAGGACAAAAUGGACAAACUUAACUACCUCCCGAUAAGUAGCGAACUUCUCUCUCCUCAACACAUUGUGUCGAACAAACAACUAGACAAACUUUAUUUCCGUUAGAUAUUUAUAUUGCUGUGUAUUAAAUGCUAACAUCACUGUCUAAAGUAGAAAUCAUUUACUUGCUGUGUAUUUACUAUUUACAAUAGCUGUUCUUUGAUGUUAGAAAAAUUUUGUACAUCUUUUUCACUUACAGCUGUUAGAAAUAUAACAUUUUUACACUCUUAAGGCAAUUUUGAGUGAAGAACAAAUUGUCGUUAUUAAAAACUUUUUAGUUAUUAGUAAUUUUGGUGAAGCUUGACUCCAGUAUUUAGUUCUUGGUUUGUCAUUAUAGGGGAUUUAACUAUGAUAUUAUGUGUAGAUUAUAGUUGAAAUAUUUAAAUAUGGUAUUUUGUAGUGUUAGCCUGUCCAGUAAACUUUCCCAUCACUCAACAGAUAUAUUGCAAUUAUUUUUCAUACACAUAUCAUUAUACAUUCUAUUCCAUGUUUGUACUACUCUCUAUAUAUAUACUGGUUAUAAUUCCCCAGAUUUUCUUCUAGAGAGGGAAAAUAUAAAGAAUAUUGAAUUUGUUGAGGCUUUAUUUUAAGUUUACUAAUUCACCCCUGAAACACUUUUGAACUCUUCCAAUUCAAAGGAUGGAAUAGUUCAUUUUCAGGGGUGAAUGAGUUAAAUACAUUAUCAGUAUUAUCAAUAUGUCAUAAAUUGAAUGUCCCAGGUUUGAGUGAGACUUUACUCUUUGCAAUAUGCUGGACGGUCUAAUGAUAGUACAUGCACGGCUUUGUGCUUCGUGUACUCCGAUAUUACUUUUGAUAUUUCAUUAUCGUUCAUAUCACACAAUCUAUGUUUCUCCUGCCAAAUUAUUUUGUUUUAAGUAGUGCUAGAAUCCUCAUUGUAUGUAAGGAAUUGAUUAUGACAUUAACCUCCGAAAUUUGAAAAUGAACUAUUCAAACCUUUGAAUUGGAAGAGUUCAAAUGUGUCUUCAGGGGUGAAUGAGUUAACAUACAUAUAUUUUAUGAAAAUAGGGGACCAAUACUAACUUUAUAAUAAUUUUUUUAACAAACCAGAUUUUAUUUCACGAAAGAGUGACACUCCUUCUCCAUCAAUACAAGGCAAUUUAGUUGAAGUCGUGUUCAAACUUCUUGGUGUGCCGGCUGGCACCUGUCCAGUAGUUUAUUGUGAUGCUAAUGGUAGAAGUUGCUUUAACAGUACAGUAUGUUGAAACGCUUGUGUUUUUUUAUGCCGGAUUGAAGUCACCUAAUUAUGAUGUAUGACAAUAAAUUGGUGCCUAGUAGUGGACAGUAACUCUGACGUUUCCAUGGUGAUUUGGUGCCUAGUAGUGGAAAGUAACUGACGUUUCCAUGGCGAUUUGGCGCCAGAAAUGUUCUUUGUGCCUAUAAAUGUAUCUAAAUAUAUGUAACAGUCGAAAAUGUUUCGUCCAUAGAUAAACAGUUCACAAUGAGAUUGCGAGCUUAAGUCGGUAGGUCACAAUGAGAUUGAGGGCCUUAAUUUGGUAGGUCACAAGGAGAUUGAGGGCCUUAAUUUGGUAGGUCACAAGGAGAUUGACGGCCUUAAGUGGGUAUUGUUUAAUAAAAUAAGUUGUUUUAUGUGAAUUGACUGAUCUAAUAUAUAUAAUUGUCCUUUGGGGGUUUUGUUUGAUGGUAGAGCUUACUAUCCAAUUUUAUACUAUUGGACUUUUUAUUUAUUUUCUUGUGUAUAUGCCCGCCUGGUAUAGCUUUGCCAGGACAUAUACAAAUGUCAUAUAUAAUCCAAUUUGUCAAGUAAACUUCAUGUACACUUUAUUUUCUUGUUUAUAAUAUCCUGUAUAACUGUGCCAUGUCAGAAACAAAUGUCACAUGCAAUCCAAUUUGUCAUUAAACUUCACAUAAACUAAGUUCUAUUGUCUCGUACUAAUCUGUGUUACACACAAGUUCUGGUACAGAAAAAUUGUCUCGUUAAUCCAUUUUGUCAGUAAUAGUUUGUAGUUUUAAUUGCGUUUUUAUAACAUAAUGGCCAAUACUUACUGUAUACCAGGAAAGUUACACCCAGUCAAAUGUUCGCCCUUAAUCUGUAAAGUCCAUGUCCGCUCUGUGUUAAUUUGAUAAUUUGACCCCAUGACCCCCCACCCCCCAUGCGUUAUUGCUAUAUAUGGUAUGCUGUGUACUGUCAUGAUAAAUUUUCCCUCAUUGAUACAUUCACCCUGAAAUUUCAUAAUGAACUAUUCCAACCUUUGAAUUGGA